UUGUGGAGCGGAUGUCACGAGGACGAGCCUGACAAUAUUUGCACACAUCUGAACCGAAACUGGGAUAUCGCUAACAGAUCGGAGGGAUUAUUUUUGUGUCUCUAUAAGUGGAUUUCGGCCUCCUGAUCGGGAUCGCAGUGAGUGUUUUUGACAUUGAAGGAGCCCCUCAAAACAUCCUCUCUCCCGCCGACCUUCACCCUCCGAUGCGGAGAUUUCAGUAGCACCGGCAACGCAAUCCCCCCCCGGCGGCCGGACAUGCUGAAGUGUAUCCCCCUGUGGCGCUGCAACCGCCACGUCGAGUCGGUGGACAAGCGACAUUGCAACUUGCAGACAGUCCCCGAUGAGGUGUUUCGCUACAGUCGCAGCCUGGAGGAGCUUCUCCUCGAUGCCAACCAACUCAAAGAGCUACCAAAGCCUUUCUUCAGACUACUGAACCUUCGGAAGCUCGGCCUGAGUGACAAUGAGAUCCAGAGACUCCCUCCUGAGGUGGCUAACUUCAUGCAGCUGGUGGAGCUGGACAUCUCCAGAAACGACAUUCCUGAGAUCCCCGAGAGCAUUAAGUUCUGCAGGGCUUUGGAGAUCGCAGACUUCAGUGGAAACCCCCUGUCCAGAUUGCCGGAUGGUUUCACUCAACUCCGAGCGCUGGCUCACUUGGCGCUCAACGACGUGUCUUUGCAGACGUUGCCCAACGACAUUGGAAACCUGGCCAACCUGGUGACGCUGGAGCUCAGGGAGAACCUGCUGAAGUCUCUGCCCACGUCACUCUCUUUCCUGGUGAAACUGGAACAGCUGGACCUGGGCAGCAAUGAACUGGAAGUUUUGCCGGACACCCUCGGUGCUCUCCCCAACCUGAGGGAGCUUUGGCUGGAUCGUAACCAGUUGUCCUCAUUACCACCAGAGCUCGGGAACCUCCGGAGAUUGGUGUGUCUGGAUGUGUCAGAGAAUCGUCUGGAGGAGCUUCCCUCAGAGCUCAACGGCCUCCUGGCUCUCACUGACCUGCUGCUCACACAGAACCUGCUGGAGGUCGUCCCGGACAGCAUAGGCUGCCUGAAGCAGCUUUCCAUCCUGAAGGUGGACCAGAACAGACUGGCCCACUUGACUGAUUCAAUAGGAGAGUGUGAAAACCUCACAGAACUCGUCUUGACAGAGAACCUUUUACAGUCACUUCCUCGCUCGCUGGGCAAGCUGAAGAAGCUGACCAACCUGAAUGUAGACCGCAACCGUUUGGGCAGCGUGCCCAAAGAGCUGGGCGGCUGUGCCAGCCUCAACGUUCUCUCACUGAGAGACAAUCGCCUGGGCAAGCUGCCUGCUGAGCUUGCAGAUGCCACAGAGCUGCAUGUGCUGGAUGUGGCUGGAAACAGAUUACAAAACCUGCCUUUUGCCCUGACAAACCUCAAUCUGAAGGCCAUGUGGCUCGCAGAGAACCAGUCACAGCCAAUGCUCAAAUUCCAGACAGAGGAUGAUGAGCGCACGGGAGAGAAGGUGCUGACCUGCUAUUUACUGCCUCAGCAGCCUUCUCCGAGCCUAGAGAACCUGCUGCAGAACAGUGUGGAUGACAGCUGGACGGACAGCAACCUCAACAGGGUGUCGGUCAUUCAGUUCCAGGAAGAGACCAAGGCGGAGGAUGAGGAUGAUGAGGCUGCUGCAGAGCGCAGAGGCCUUCAGCGCAGAGCCACGCCGCACCCCAGUGAGCUGAAGGUGAUGAAGAAGGUGAUUGAGGAGAGAAGGAAUGAAGCUUACACAUCCAGAGCGGAUGGAGAAGAAGAGUCCCCUGAUCCUCAGGAGAAACGGCUCAGUGACCUCUCCAAUCAGAGCCAUGACUCCCAGGUGUCCAACAGCACGCUGUCGGCCACCUCCCAUGAGGACAGACAAAAUGUGACAGUGGCCUCUCAGAGGGAAGACCUCGUGGACGGCCACUCCCCUCAGGAUGAGGAGGAGCUGGAUGAGAUGGAGGUGGAGUACAUUGAGCCCACUGUGCACUUUGCAGAGGAGCCCAUCAUCCGUGGUUUGGAUGACGACGACGAGGAGGACGGGGAAGACGGUGAGCGGAGUGACGAAGAAGAGAGGCCGGCUUUCCCCGCUGAGAAGCAGCGUCUGAUCAGAAAGGACACGCCACACUACAAGAAGCACUUCAAGAUCACCAAGCUGCCCAAGCCCGAGGCGGUGGCUGCGCUGCUGCAGGGCUUCAGUCCUGACGGCAUGAACUCUUCGACACAAGCUGCGGAGGACGAGCAGGACGAGGAGGACGAGCAAAGCAUUCACACCCCUCAGCACCAUCACAGGAUGGAGGAGCACGAGGACAGCCGGCUGCAGGUUAACUCCAGUCAAGUAAAGGGGGUGUCAUUUGAUCAAGUCAAUAAUCUGCUGAUUGAACCUGCUCGAAUUGAGGAGGAAGAGCACACGCUGACCAUAAUGCGACAAACAGGCGGUCUGGGGAUCAGCAUUGCAGGAGGGAAAGGAUCGACACCGUACAAGGGAGAUGACGAGGGAAUCUUCAUCUCCAGAGUAUCUGAGGAAGGUCCUGCAGCCAGAGCAGGGGUGAAAGUGGGAGACAAACUCCUGGAGGUGAAUGGAGUGGUCCUCCAUGAAGCUGAACAUCACACAGCCGUUGAAGCUCUUCGUAGCUCCGGUGCAACAGUUUCCAUGUCGGUGCUGCGAGAGCGCAUGGUGGAGCCAGAGAACGCCAUCACCACCACGCCGCUGAGGCCGGAGGACGACUACUUCCCCCGGGAGAGACGGAGUAGUGGCAUCGCCUUCAACUCGGAUACGACUCCUAGUGGACCUCGACAGCGGCUCUCCACCUGCUUGAUCCGGAACGACAAGGGGUUGGGGUUCAGCAUCGCAGGGGGCAAAGGCUCCACGCCCUACCGCACAGCGGACACGGGAAUCUACAUCUCUCGCAUCGCAGAAGGGGGAGCAGCACACAAAGACAGCACGCUGCGUGUCGGCGACAGGGUGAUCUCUAUCAAUGGUGUAGACAUGACAGAGGCCAGGCAUGACCAGGCAGUAGCGCUCCUUACUGGCACCUCCCCCACCAUCGCCCUCCUGGUGGAGCGAGACCUGAGUGCACCAGGCGGCUCUCCAGGUCAGUCUAGGGCGCGAGCCCACUCCCCUCCUCCCCCAGAGCCCUCAGAUUCACCGGACCAGGAGGAGGACGGCCUCACCCUUCAUGGCAACAACCUGAGCCGGAUGGAGGACGAGUAUCCCAUCGAGGAAGUGACCCUGGUGAAGUCAGGUGGCCCUCUAGGCCUGAGCAUUGUGGGAGGAAGUGAUCAUGCCAGUCACCCGUUCGGCAUCAAUGAACCUGGCGUUUUCAUCUCAAAGGUGAUUCCUCACGGUCUAGCAUGUCAAAGUGGACUGCGCGUCGGAGACCGAAUAUUAGAAGUGAACGCCAUCGACCUGCGUCACGCCACACAUCAGGAAGCUGUGCGAGCGCUGCUGGCCAACAAGCAGGAGAUCCGCAUGUUAGUGCGGAGGGACCCUUCACCGCCUGGGAUGCAGGAAAUUAUGAUCCAGAAGCAGCCGGGCGAGAAGCUCGGCAUCAGUAUACGCGGAGGGGCCAAGGGCCACGCAGGAAACCCCUUCGACCCCACAGACGAAGGCAUUUUCAUCUCCAAGGUGAGUUCAACCGGCGCAGCAGCAAGAGACAGCCGACUGCAGGUCGGCAUGCGUAUCCUGGAGGUGAACAACCACAGCCUGCUGGGGAUGACACACACAGAGGCGGUGCGAGUCCUCCGAGCUGUGGGAGACUCUCUGGUCAUGCUGAUAUGUGACGGCUUCGACCCACAAAAAGUGGCUGCCGUGGAGGCGUCUCCCGGCAUCAUUGCCAACCCAUUUGCCACUGGCAUCGUUCGCAAGAACAGUAUGGAGAGCAUCUCUUCUAUAGACCGCGACCUGAGCCCAGAGGAGAUCGACAUCAUGCAGAAGGAGUCUGAGAUGGUGAGAGAGACGUCGCAGUGGGAGCGAGAAGAGAUGGAGAAAGUGGAGCGUAUGCGCUUGGAGCGUGAGGAGGCAACUCGCCUGCUAGAAGAGGAGACAGAGAACAUCAGCACUGGACCUCUAAAACUUGACUACAAAACCCUGGCUGCUCUGCCCACCACCAGUCUGCAGAAACUCAACCGGUUCUCUACCUCUGUAAGUCUGACUGCUCCCAUGGAGGCCCCUCUUCAGGCCCAGUACGGAGCCCCUUUAGAGCCUCUGGGCUUCGGCUUAGUUCACCCCACAAAACCCGUCAGCCACACGGACCCCGAGUCCUGCCCCGCUCUGAACACAGAGCCGGAUUAUCUCCACGGUUCCCAGUUCUCCCCUAAUGGGACGUCCACCUCUGACAGCGCCGGCUCAUCAACAACCAUUAACUCAUCAACAUUUGCACCUGAAGAAGAAGAGGAGUGUCUGGUGGACUCUCAGCCCAUCUGCUUCAAAGAAAACCCUUUCUUGGUGGCCAAUCGCAAAGGAAAGGGUCGUCCCCCCGGGGAGCAGAUCCUGUCGGGGCCUCCGGUGGGCUACGGGAAGCAGGGCCAGCUGCAGCCCUGGCUGUUCAGCAAGGCACCUCCUUCUGAUUUCUCCAGGACGGAGAGUCCAAUCAGGGAAGCACCAUACUCCCCCACAAUCCAACCGGCAAACAUUCAUUUCACCUCCACUCCUACUGCCAACGACCACACUUCAUCAUCAACACGACCGGGUGCCAUCCAGCCAGUCGGGCGUGUGCGGCAGAGUCCCUCCCCCGCCACUCCGGACAGCCACAGUCCUAACCCCUUCCAGCAUGGCCCCUCCCCCUUCAACUCCCAGACCUCUGUAAGACCCCUCACCACCACAUAGUGCUGUUUUCUGUCCGCGCUCAGCUCCG